AUGGCUCCACUCGUAGCAUUAAAGAAACAACACUCAAGAAUAGCGUAUCCAAAAGUAAUCAAAUCAACUACUACAACAUUCAAGAAACAAUCACAAAACUCUAAAGAUAUAGGGUUCUUCCGUAAGGGCGAUCAUGUUGAAGUUGCUAGUAAAGAAGAUGGAUUUCUUGAUUCUUAUUAUGAGGCAAUUGUAAUAUCGCAACCAUUCAAAAAAGACUAUAUCAUACAGUAUAAAACCCUAUUAAAAGAUGACCUUUCUGGUCCAUUGAAAGAGUUGGUUACACUCUCUGAACUUCGUCCAGUGCCACCUAGGAUUACGGCUAAUGUGUUUAGCUUGUUUGAUCAAGUUGAUGCUUUUGACAAUGAUGGAUGGUGGGUUGGCAUAAUAACUGGCAAGAUUGGAACUAAGUAUUAUGUGUACUUUGAUACCUUUGGGGUUGAAUGUGAAUAUGAUGAAAGUGACUUGAGAGCUCAUCAAGAUUGGGUUGAUGGCCAAUGGAUUUCUUCGAAAGAGCAACUGGUGUAUAAUUUGGAGAAGUACUUUCUUGAAAAAUACAACAAUGUUAUUGUUUAG